AGCCUCUCUGUGUUUAUCAACCCCGCACAGUCUGUGAAGCCUGCAGUGAGCCUCUGUCCUUGGCCACAAACAUGACGUCCCCAUUCCCUUUCCUGGCCAUUAUUCUGGAGGUUGCCAUUAUUGCUUUAUUUGGAUUAUUUGUUGGGGAUGAACAGGAUCAGAACAAUUACCAGCAACCCAACAGCACCAAGUCAACGGCUGUGGACGGAUUCCUUGAGUUAUACCCUCUGUUCCAAGAUGUGCAUGUUAUGAUAUUUGUUGGAUUUGGCUUCCUCAUGACCUUCCUGAAGAAAUAUGGCUUCAGUAGUGUGGGCAUCAACCUGUUGAUUGCUGCUCUGGGCCUCCAGUGGGGCACUCUUGUUCAGGGGUUCCUGCACAGCCGCGGAGAGAAAAUUCACGUCGGAAUCAAAAACAUGAUAAAUGCAGACUUCAGUACAGCCACAGUUCUCAUUUCUUUUGGAGCUGUCCUGGGAAAAAUAAGUCCAUGCCAAAUGCUGAUUAUGACGAUCAUAGAAAUUGCUGUCUUUGCUGCUAAUGAACAUCUGGUUACUGAGGUAUUUAUGGCCUCUGACAUUGGAGCAUCCAUGACGAUUCAUGCCUUUGGGGCCUACUUUGGCUUGGCUGUAGCAGGCGUCUUAUAUCGACCAGGCCUGAGAAGGGGACAUGAUAACAAUGAGUCUAUGUACCACUCGGAUUUGUUUGCAAUGAUUGGGACUCUUUUCUUAUGGAUAUUUUGGCCCAGCUUUAAUUCAGCCCUCGCUGAAGCUGGAGACAAGCAGCACUGGGCCAUAGUGAACACGUACUUCUCUCUUGCCGCCUGUGUGCUCACAGCCUAUGCGUUCUCCAGCCUGGUUGGCCACCGAGGCAAGCUCGAUAUGGUGCACAUUCAGAACGCAACCCUGGCUGGAGGAGUUGCUGUGGGCACUUGUGCAGACAUGGCCAUUCACCCUUACAUUUCUAUGAUCAUUGGGAGCAUUGCAGGAAUGGUGUCUGUGCUUGGAUUUAAGUUUGUGACUCCACUUUUUGCUACUAAACUGAGGAUCCACGAUACAUGUGGGGUCCACAGCCUGCAUGGUUUACCUGGUGUGAUAGGAGGCCUCGCAGGCAUUGGGGCAGUAGCCUUGGAGGUGUCUAACAGGUCAACCCCAGCUAUGCAAGCCGCUGCUCUAGGUUCUUCCAUCGGAACAGCAGUUGUUGGAGGGCUGAUCACAGGUCUAAUUCUAAAGAUACCUAUCUGUGGACAGCCACCUGACGAAAACUGCUUUGAUGAUUCCGUCUUUUGGGAGGUCCCUAGGUGGAGAGAACAGGAUGUUCGUUUCCAUGAGCAUGACGGCCACAACCAGUUGGAACCUGAAUUCUAAGUAUCGCUCCUCUGCCUCAGCUUCCAUUCCCUUGAUCUGGAAUCAAGUUUACAUAAACAAAAAGCAUCCAAUGAGAAUAUGGACCAGAGUGGAAGAUCCUGUGCCCCAAAUGUUCAGUGUAAAAAUGUCUUAACAUAAUCUGGUAUUGUAUCUUGAUGUUCACUGAUUGUUUAGUUGAGGGCCCAUGAUUCAUGAAACAAAUGGUCAAGACUACUUUUGACCAGUGGGUAGGUACAGGGUGAACAUUCAAUGUAUAUUCAUGUAUAUCCCCCAUGGAGGUAGGUUUACAUAGAAUCUACACUUUCUAAUCAUACCAGUCUCUUAAAUGUAGUUACUAUGUCUUCAGUCCCAAAGAUUGUACAACUGAAGCCAAUGAAACAAUAUUGUAUAUAAGACUCUAUGUAAGACAUAUGUAUUGAGACACUAGCCUUAGUUAUCAAUGUUUUUACCUAACAAAAAAAGAAUACCAAAAAGAAAAAACGACCUACUGUCAUCAUUUCAUCUUAAAGGAAAAAGACAUCACAAAAAUGGCAGGGACAUAGAUUCAGAAUAAAGGACUAUUAUUUAAAUUAAAUAAAAUAUAGUCUUUAUAAAAAUCAAGCAAACAAACAAAGAAACAUUAUACAGUCUGAACAUGUGUACUUAAAAAAAAAAAAAAGGCAGUAAGGCAGCUCCAUCUACUUGACCCUCUGAGUUGGGAUUUACACACCCAGCUACCCCCAGAGAAACAUGCACAUACCUGCAAACACACACAAUGUAUUGAUUGAUCACUGUACCUGUCCAUACUACAGGUUCAAGAAUAUAAAAGAAACAUAAAAAAUUGUAUGUAUGCAAAACAAUAAUCAGAUUGUUUUUGGUAGUGUUUUCUUGAUUUUAAAAAUGGUCAGGUUAGUCACGUCAUAUCUUGGCUUGAGUAUUCUCAUGCUUAAUUUCUUCUGUAUGUUUGCAUUUGUGAAAAGAGCACAAAUGCUGUCUGACCAGUCUA